AUGUUCUACUCCGAGACCCUCUUAUCAAAGACAGGGCCGUUGGCUCGAGUCUGGCUUUCCGCAAACCUCGAGCGCAAACUGUCCAAAUCCCACAUUUUGCAAUCGGAUAUCGAAAGCAGUGUUAGCGCAAUUGUUGAUCAGGGCCAAGCGCCAAUGGCCUUGCGAUUGAGUGGCCAGUUACUGUUGGGUGUCGUCCGCAUCUACAGUCGGAAAACUAGGUACCUUCUUGAUGAUUGCAAUGAGGCUUUGAUGAAAAUUAAAAUGGCCUUUCGAUUGACAAACAAUAAUGAUCUCCCCAGCUCUGUCCCUAUUCCCGCCAGUGGAAUUACCCUACCAGACAUGCUUACAGAGUCUGAUUUAUUUAUGAAUCUGGAUACUUCCGUUUUAUUCUCACAGCCAAUGCCACAGUUAGAAACAGAAGGGAAGCGGCCAGCAUCUUCAAUAGGCUGGUCAAGCCAACUUCUUCCGGAUACGAUCUCUACUCAAAGGUUCGCCACGCCUAUGGAGAGACCACACCUCGAAGACGAUACCGGUCUUGUUCUUGAUUUGGGCGAGGAUGACAUGCCUUUGGGCCAUGAGAUGAGUAUUGAAGUUGGACGAGAUGCACCUGCUCCUCGUCCUGUUGGUGAUGAUCUUUUCAGCGAUGAUCGCAGGACAUUUGACGGUGAACUCGAACUUGAACAUGGUGAUACCGGAAUCCAAUUUGCCAAGCCAAGCAUUGAAGAAGAUGCUCACGAUAAUGUGGAUACCUUCUUACAUCAAACUGAUGAUGUGCAAAUGGGUGGCAUUGAAGAAGAACUGGGCGUCCCGGUUGCCGAAGAAGACACUACAAUAGUACCUGCCGAAGAACCCAAUGAAUUCGUCAGGGGGUCUCAAUCGCCCCUCUCAUCGGUGCGGUCCAGUGUUGUGCGAGACCUUGAUGAUACUUUUAUGAACGAAGAGGCCCGCCACACACAAAGAGUCAAGAGAAGAAAAAUCAUCCUACCAGAUGUCGAUACUGUGAUCUCAACCCACCAAAUAAAGGAGCAGCAAGCUGACCGAUCGAGAAUUUUGAAACCUACAUCAAUUCUACCACGCGAUCCUCUGCUACUGACACUGAUGAAUAUGGAAAAGAACGGUGACUUUGUUUCUAGCGUUAUGGGAGGUAGCAGCUGCCGGAACUGGGCACCCGAAUUGCGUGAUAUGCUUUCAAUUGACGCAGUGCGGAAGUCGAGUGAACUUAAACGGAAACGCGACAGUGGCAUUGCUGACAUGGAUGUUGAUGGUGCUGACAAAAUGCCCCAGCUCGAAGUGGAUGAGGAAGAUGCAUACCUACACGGAGACGAAGGCGUUGUCCUUGAAGGUGACACCACCCUGCGCCAGGGAUCUGAGAUCCACAUCGUUGGCGAAGAGGAAGCACAGGAACGCACGCACGAUGUAUCCGACGAUGAGGGUGCCGGCUAUCAUAUGGAUGGCUUCAACGACUCCAGCAGUGUUCUCCAUGCGGCAGAAAGCGGACCUAUCUCGUUAGGGACAAAACAUGCCGUCCACCUUCUACGAGACCGAUUUGGCGGCGAGCCAUCCGAGGAGGGUUCAUUCCAAUCGAGAAAAAAUAGUGUCAAUUUCCAAGAUCUCCUCCCCGAGCGGACCACGAGCAAGAGCGAUGCCACAAAGAUGUUUUUCGAAGUGCUUGUGCUGGCCACAAAGAAUGCUGUGACGGUUGACCAAAGUCCUAAUACGGUUGGUGGACGUCUGAAAAUCCGGGCCAAGCAAGGGCUUUGGGGUUCUUGGGCGGAAACCGAAGCUGGAGGCGGAAUAGCUGACCAGACUCCUGAAAUUGCUGUUUAA